UUUUUUUAACACUAGGUGAAAUUAAUGCAAUCGACGCUGGCUGCUACAGAGAAUGCAAACAGUUGUGUCUUCAGCACGGAAGAGUUUGGAUCUCUGAGCUGCCAUUAGAGGAUGCCAUGAGACAGCCAUGAAUGAGCUUUUGGAUGUUUCUGCCAACGCUUCUCACUUCCCCAGUGAUGCACCUGCCUCUGGAAACUGCACCGAUGACAGGAGCCCUCUCAAGAGACACUACCUGCCUGUAAUCUAUAGCCUCAUCUUUCUGGUGGCCUUUCCCGGGAACGUGGUGGCCAUCUCCACCUACAUCUGCAGGCGGCGGCCCUGGAGGCCCAGCGCUAUCCUCCUGCUGAACCUGGCCUGCGCCGACCUGCUCUACCUGGCCAGCCUGCCCUUCCUCAUCCACUACUAUGCCCGCGACGAGGACUGGGUCUUCGGAGAGCUCAUGUGCAAGCUGGUUCGCUUCGGUUUCCACUUCCACCUCUACAGCAGCAUCCUGUUCCUCACCUGCUUCAGCAUCUUCCGCUACUUCGUCAUCAUCCAUCCCAUGAGCUGCCUGGCAAUUCACAGGACCACCAGGUGGGCGGUGGGGGCCUGUGUGGCCGUGUGGCUGGUGUCCCUGGUGGCGGUUGUCCCCAUGACCUUCCUGAUCACGGCCACCACCACCACCACCACCACCGGGACCAAUCGCUUGGCCUGCCUGGACCUCAGCAGCUCUGACAACGUCCCCACCAUCAAGUGGUACAAUCUCCUCCUGACCGCCGUCACUUUCUGUUUCCCUCUGGUGACUGUAACGCUCUGCUACACGACCAUCAUCCACGCCCUGGCCCAGGGCCCUCGGACCCGAGGCUGCCUGAAGCAGAAAGCCCGAAGACUGGCCGUCCUGCUGCUUCUGGUGUUUUACGUCUGCUUUUUGCCCUUCCACAUCCUGAGGGUCGUCCGGAUCGAAUCCCGUCUGCUUUCCAUGGGCUGCACUGUGGAGAGGCAGAUCCACGAGGCUUACAUCAUUUCGAGACCCCUCGCUGCCCUCAAUACCUUUGGGAAUCUGUUACUCUAUGUGGUGGUGGUGGGGGACAGCUUCCAGCAGUCCAUCUGCUCCACGGUACGCUGGAGGACCAGAGGGGACCUGGAGCAAGCCAAGGACAGCUCUUCCAACAACCCGUAGCAUGCACCCCUGCCUCAGGCGCCCCAGUGGAAACACCUGCUGGACUGUUGUCACCUGUGACUUCUUCAAAGUUCGGACUAACUCCUGCAACAAAGCACUUG